CAUAAAGAAACCUACAAACAGACUUUAGGGAUCCUAAACCGGAUCCUAAACUAGAGAAGUGACAUUAUCGGGUAAAAAUCCACACUCACAGGUCUAUGAAGGGCUAGACAUCAUCACCAAGAAGAACUCUGCCCAAGAGCAGAAAGAUGUGUCAGCACAUGAUCAGUUUUGUGAAUCCACUUGUGACCAGCUACACCGUGAUAGACUUUAGGAACAGAGCAACUGCCCUGAUUGAAGAUAUUUUUGCUUGAGACAAAAUUCCCAUUGUGGUGGGAGGAACCAAUUAUUAUACUGAGUCUCUGCUCUGGAAAGUUCUAGUAACUACCAGGCCCCAGGGGAUGGGCACCAGGAAAGUGGUUGAUCACAAAGUAGAGCUUGAAAGGAAGAUGGUCAUGAACUCCAUAAACGGCUAAGCCCGGUGGACCCAAAAAUGGCCGCCAAGCUACGCUCACAUGACAAACGCAAAGCGGUCAGUUCUGGAUGAGCCCUUGGCUAAGAGAGUGGAUGGCAUGCUGGCUGCUGGACACUUGGAAGAGCUGAGAGAUUUCCACAGACGCUAAAAUCUUAAGAACAUUUCAGAAACUAGGUGUUGGGGCUCUGAAAUAAGUAACUAAGAGAAAUGCUGGGAAACAGAACCGAUGGGUUAAAAACAAAAACCGCUUUUUGAGCAGACUGGGUUCCAGUGCCUCCCUACCGCCCCCCCCCCCCCCCCAACUCCCGCGCGUUAUUGAUGUUUCCAAGUGGGAGGAGUCUGUUCUGGAACCUGCUCUCCAUACAGUACAAAGUUUCAUCCAGGGCUACAAACUUACAGCCACUCCGGUGAAGAUGCCGUACAAUGAAACAGAACAAGAGAAGUUGCCACAUAUGUGACCUUUGUGAUUGGAUCAUCAUUGGGGACCAGGAAUGGGCAGCACAUUGGACUUAGACGCUGUCAGUGCCCUAGGAAGCCAAAGUAAUUCACCAGACUGUGACUCGGGACGCAGAGAGGUGAGGGCAGCAUGAUCAAGAGCUCAAGGCCAGUGUUUGAGAGACAUGCCUUUGCAGAGAUGUGGGGAUCAAGCCCAGGAGGGAGGGGAGUAUCGCUCUCCCACGCCUGGACUGAGGAACGCUGGGCAGAAGGCCCCGCCAUCUUUCAUUCUGUGGUGUGGUCUGCAGUGGAAACGCAGGUCUUUCAGCCCUUUGUGUGCCUGUUGUGUCUGGUAAUGAUGUAGUUCAAAGGGGGAUUUUUCCCCCUUCAAACCUUAAAGGUUUUAUUUUAGAAAGAGGCACAGGUUGCACAUUCUUUCUUUUAGUGGUGAAUACCAAGAUUCAGUACAUCCUUUAAAAGAGAGUUCUUGUCCCUGGCGCUGGCUAAAAGUAAUCUCAUUUCCAGAGGCUUUUGUAGAUGACUGAAGUGUUGUAAGGCACAGUCAGGAGUUCUGGACAGGAGAACGGCAGGAAGGAGUGGCCCAGAGAGAUGAUUAAGCGAGUUGCCCCAGCUCUGUGAAUCUACAGCAGAGGGGGUCAGGCUCAGGUGGUUGUGACCCAGAUCUUGAAGACUAAAGAAAGAAUCUGAGUCUGUUGAGCUGCUCCUGUGCUUGGUGGCUGUGGUCGCUGCCCAUCUAGGGCAGAAAUGUACAGAUUCUUUUGAAAUGUAAAUUAAAAGAUUUGUUAAAGCCCUGGGGUUGGGGAGAGAGAGGAAAAAAAAAAUAUAUAUAUAUAUAUAUAUAUAUAUAUAUAUUCAUUCUACUUUAGCCUGGAGAGAUGAAUCAGUGGUUAGGAACGCUGACUGCUCUUCCAGAGGUCCUGAGUUCAAUUCCUAGCAACCACGUGAUGGCUCACAACCAUCUGUAAUGGGAUCGGAUGCCCUCUUCUGGUGUGUCUGAGGACAGCUACAAUGUAUCAUUUACACAAAUAAAGCUUUUUUAAACAAAGAUACUGUUAAGAGUUCAGCCUUCAGGCAAAGACAUUGAACCUGCUUUCCCUUUAUCUUUUCAUUUGCAUCUACCUUGUGCCAAAAGCUUAUGACCUGAGGUCAUGUCCAACUAAACAGAUGGGAAAAGGGUCCAACUCAGGGAGAUGAAAUGGAAGUCACUGGGGCUGGAGAGGCAGCUCGGCUGCCACAAGAUCAACUCCUGACCUUCAAGAGGACUCCAUUCAGCCUGCCUGUAAGCCUAACUCCAAGGAGUUCGAUGCCCUCCUCUGGCCUCUCUGAGCACAUGCUUGUGGUAGCAUCCGUUCAUGAAAAUGCAGGCAAUGAAAUCUCCAAAAAAGAAAGUAGGCAUCACGUUAGCGUAAGACAUCGCAUCCAUAAUCAGCAGAUCUAGGUAGACACAGGGCCGCAUGGGAGGGAUCUGUUUUGAUUUUAAGACCCGCUCUGAAGUGUUUUCGUUUUUUGUUAUUGUUGUUGUUGUUUUUUGUUUUGUUUUGUUUUUUUUUUUGCUUAGGCAGUAUACUUCUUUUUGUGAUUUAUAUAUUUUAAUAUUUAUUUAUUUAUUUAUUUAUUUAUUUAUUUAUUGCUGUUUUAAGUCAGUGGUUCUCAAUCUAUGAGUGAAGAUCCCUCACUCCCUCCGGGUCUUCCUCCAUAUUAGACAUUUACAUUACAAUUAAUAACAGUAGCAAACUUAUAUUUAUGAAGUAGCAACAAAAUAUUCUUAUGGUUGGGGGUCGCCACAACAUGAGGAACUGUGUUACAAAGUUGCAGCAUUAGAAAGGUUGAGAACCACUGUUUUAAGUGGAAAUGAAGGUUCCCCCAGAUGUUAGGAGGAUUAUGGGAUGGUUUCUAAGACUUUUUUUCCCUCUUGUGGAGAAAGAUGUAAAAGGCUAUUAUUACCAUGUUCAUAUUUUAGUUUGUUUUUUUGAAUAUAUUAUCUCCUUUCCUUUAAACUUUGUUAGCAUUCACAGAUCUUUACAAAGCUUCUUAGAAUCAUGACGUAUUGAAGGCUGACCUCAAACUCCCCUUCUAAGUGCUGGGAUUACAGGCAUGCUCUGCCAUAGCUGGCCUCUUUUGCACUUAGAGCACAUUUCAGAGUGCAUACCCACAAAGAGGCCAGAUCAAACAGACUUCAAAGAGAGCCCAACCAUUACCUUCCAGCUGUCUAGGGACUAAAGUGGAAUCUCUAUGACAAUAAUAAUAACGUCUACCCAUGUGCUAACCGUGUGCACAUCUAUCUGCUACUACUUCGCAGAUAAGAAUGGUAAAACUCACUUUAAGUAACUCAUUGUCUCAAAACUAGUAAGAGGCAAAGCUGUUUUUUGAGACAGGAUCUCUCAGUGUAUGUCCUGGAACCGGCUCUGUAGACCAGGCUGGUCCUGAACUCAGAGAUCCACUUGCCUCUGCCUCCCAAGUGCUGGGGUUAGCCAACACUACCACCCGGGGCAAAGCUGGACUUGUGUUCUGAAUCUGAGUUUAGAUGUAAUUCACCUGCAUUGCUCAUCGUCGUUCAAUAAAGAGCAGAGUUCGUGAUGUCAGGGAUGAAGAUGAAUUUUAUUAACACUUGGCGAGCACUGUUAGCAUUUGCUGAAUUCUUGUGAGAUACAAGUCAAAGGGCUUUCACACGGAACCGCUCGAUUGCAUAAACAAGUUAAUCUUCCUGGCAACCCCCUGCAGUAGAACUAUUAUUACUUUCAUAUUGCAGGUGAGGAAAUGGAGACAUGCAGAGGAAAUCCACUUAGAGGUCAGGCUUUUAGCUGUUGUACUUAGGAUACUUCUUAAGCACAAAAAUUACACAGCACGACGAUUUCUAAAUGGUGCUCUGGGAGUUAAUUACAGUCAACAGUAGAGGGUAGCAUUCAAAGUACUCAGGUCUGUUGAUAUCUUUGGAGCAUAAAGGUCUUCGGAGCCUUAAAUAAAACCUGCACAUGUGAGUAUCCAGUCCAGAACUAAGUUUAGACCCCGUCUGCUCCAGGCCUCACUGGGUGUGUCCUUCAGUGAGAUAAGACACGGCAAGGCACAUUCUGGUUUGGUACAACCAUGAGGUAGUCAGGGUUUUGGGGCUGGGGAUAUGCUGGUGGAGGAGCUAUACGUGGAGAAGGACGACAUUGUACGGGUAAGCACAAAGUUAAGCUUCUACCAAAGCUUACCCAGGACCCGGCUAGUUAAUCUCAGGGAGAAGCUGAAAACUGACUGCUUUCUUUAGCCUAAGAAUUCAGUUACCAUCCCAGAACACAACCCCUUUAGUGGGGUUCGUGCUUGGUGAACCCAGCAUUUGGCCACAUAGAGACCCUUGAACAUAUCUUCUCUUGCAGCUUAGGUUUCUAAAGAAAUAUUGGUUCAACAUAAAACUCAGCUCCUUAAUGCCCUUAGUGACAGCACAUGUACACCCAGACAAAGCAUCCCAAAGCAUUUUGUGCUUUGAGUGCAAAGUGCUAUAAACUCUUCCCUCCCCAACUUGUUCUUGAGCUUAGACAUCCUGGGCAAUCAGGGGUAAGACGGAGUCAAAUAUAAGGUAUGGCUUAGCUUAGCGGCCCGGACAGUUGCCACAGAUGUUCUACCCCCUGUGUUUUUGGACAGUAUUGAUACCUGGAGGUUUCAGGUUUCCAAAAGAAUAUAUUCUAAAGAAAUAUAUUCUAAAGAAAUAUAUUCUAAAGGAAUGAUCCAGAUACAGCUGUUGCCAGGUGGCCUCCCAAUCCCUCUUUUGCAGUUUUGCUUUUUGAAGAAAAGAGGUGAGGGUGGGGUGGGGUGGGAGACAGAAAGGAGACAGUAGGACUCUCCUCGAGCAGUUUUAGAAGCUUGUCAGAAGAUCAUGAGACUUACAGACUCGUCUUUUGACCUCACCUGCCCUUUCUCUGGCCACUCGGGUUGACUGCCUGGUUCUACUCUUCAUAAGCCCUUUGCUUGGCUCAUUUCCUCAGCAAGGAGGCAGUGUUGAGUCAAUUCUAAGUCAAAUCGUUAAAAUUAGAACGACCUAGAAGGCAUUUUGUUUAUUUCAAGCUUGGCCUUUUACUCAGGGAAUAGCUUACAAGGUUCAAGACAGAAGAGUUCUAAAUGCAAAAUCCAAGAGCUUCACAUUCCUGGGAGCAGGAGGUGGGAGGAGGACGUUUAAAUCCUAUAUAAAAGGCAGGCAUCCUUCCCCACCUUUCCAAGCCCCUAAAAUUCACGUGUUAUGUACAGGACAGGAAUAACAACUGUAUACAGCACCUUCCACAUCUGUCCACAUCUGUCUUAGUUAGGGUUUCAAGUGCUGUGGUGAAAUACCAUGACCAAAAGCAAGUUGGGGAGGAAAGGGUUUAUUUGGCUUACACUUCCACAUCCAAGUCUAUCACUGAAGUAACUCAGGACAGAAACUCAAGCAGGGCUAGAACCUAGAGGCAGGAGCUGAUGCAGAGGCCAUGGAGGGGAACUGACUGACACCCCACCCCACCCCACCCCACCCCGCACGCGCUUACUCAGCGUGCUUUCUAAUAGAAUCCAGGACACCAUCCCAGAGGUGGUACCACCCACAAUGGGCGAGCCACUCCACCCUCCCAUGAUCACUAAUGAAUAUAAUGUCCUACAGGUGGAUCUUAUGGUGGCAUUCUCUCAACUGAGAUCCUUCCUCUCAUUUGACUCCAGCUUGUGUCAAGUUGACAUAAAACUACUAUCCAGCAACCCAUCACACAGGUUUGACUGUGGAGGUUUUUAGGCUGACAGCAGUCAAUAUGUAUUUAUUUGGAGGCUGGGGCGAUGACUCGUCCGGUAAAAGUGCUAAGUGCUUGCUGUACAAACCUCAGGACCUGAGCUUGGAACCCCAGCACACAUGUGGAGGCCGAGAGAGAGAGAGAGAGAGAGAGAGAGAGAGAGAGAGAGAGAGAGAGAGAGAGAAAGUGUGCUUGUAUCUUCCGUGAUACCCGCAAGUCUCUGAAGCCCACUGACCUGAGAGUCUAGUAGAACCUGAGGUCCAGGUUCAGUGAGAGACCCUGUCUCAAAUAAUAAGGUGGAAAGCAACUGAGGAAGUCACCUGAUGUUCACCUUUGGCCCCUACUCCAGAUGCAGACGUGUGCAAAUCCGGCCCACCCCCCCAAUAUGUGCUGCUGUGUACCUAACUGAACGGAGCACAUGCGCACACACAGAGAAAUAUUUAUUUGUUCUUAGCCAAACUGACAGUGUUUAGGUAACCCAGGGUUGCUUUUCUCCCUGGGAAUGACGCAGAGAGUGACCAUGACAUUGUUGCCUAACGCUGUGAAGACCACACUUCUAAAUUAAAUUCUAGGAAGCCUAGGGUGCAGAGUUGCCCUCGGGCUGUGAGUUUUGGACGCACUGAAAGUGCUCGACCCUGGUUGUUGGACCUUCACAAUUAGCUUGUGACUGUUAGGGGAAAACAUUCAUGAAACGCGAUGGGAGGUUUCCUUAAAAAGACAAGGUGAUGCUUUUGAAAAGAAAAAGACAGAAAACCUUAGCAAGCACUGCCCAAAGUUUGAUGGCUUAUGUUUACCCUCUGAAUGGGAAACUCAUGUGAAGAUUUAUCAUGUCACCCAAAGGAAGCCUCGAUGCUGUCUUCUCACAAAACACCAAGGAACUGGCUGCUUCUAGCAUUGGUUGAACAUCCAGUGUAAGAAACGGAGGAAGGUUUCCCAGAUCCCAGGCUAUCUAUGAGGGGGUGUGGAGCCUGUGUCAUAACAAAGCUAGUAUUUAGAGAGCACUUACUGUGUGCGACUAAACACUUUAUGUGUCUUAACGCACCUAAUCCCCACAACAACCCGGAGGAAAACAUUAUUAUCUCCAUCUCACAGAGCAGGAACAGGCCUGCCCCAAGUAAGUCAGUGGCAGCCAGCAUCUAUACCUAACUUGCCUGGCUCCAGAGUCAGGCUCCUACUCAUCAGGAUACUUUCUAAAAUUGUAACGUCGGCAACAAAACGCCCCAACGCACAGAGAGACGUUUAACCAGGCGGAGUAUUAAGAGAAGGUUUUAUGGACGGCUGACAGAUGUGAAUCUUCAAGGUCAACAGGUGGAGAAAGGAUCUGGACAGAAAUAGAAUCUCAGGGGAAGAAGCAGCCUGACCUGACAAAAGGCAGCAGCAGUUUGGGGAUCUGCCAAUCGAUGACAGCUUGCGUGGGAGGAACACUGCACAGGGAGGCCUCACUAGAUCUUUGAAGGUCUUUUAGGGCUAAGGCUUCCUCCGCCCCGGUUACCUACCGGGGUGGGGGCGGGGAUGGUAAAAUUCUCAAACUAGCCUGUGCUCAUCCCUUUACCUUCUGCAGGGUCUCUCCUGCCAGCGAUCAAGGUAGACAACACCCCCAGGUUUCUUUCUGCGGAAGCACUGAGUGGAGAUGGUCAAGGUCACCCGCGAUCGGGUACAGCGUGUCCAGGCGGACCACUAGAGUCCAGUGUCGGGGACUUGGCUGUCAGCCCGGCCUGGCUAACGCAGGAACGUGCGCAGGAACGGAGCCUGGCGGGGACAGCCACCUGCUCAGCUGGUACAGAAAGACCUGUUCUCUACUAUUCCCGAGGGCGGGCCACCGCCCCAGGUCUCCAGGACCCAGAAGGUCAGGAGGCUGUCCUCUAGGGACUCCCGCCACCCGCAUCAUCCUCAUCACCCUAAGGAAUAAAAGCCUCAGCGAUUGGAACACGCUAUGCCAAUCAUCCUAGUCUUUGCCCACGCCUCCUCCGGUGUCCACUGCAUUGGUUGCAUCAUACAAGCCUCCGAUAAGAUCCUCCUCUUGAAUUGGCUAAUAGAGCCUUGUCCCGCCCAACCCUUCUUUGUCGGAAGGUUGUGAUUGGUUAAGCGCGUUGCCAAGCUCCGGGCGCGGCUCGGUCAUUGGAAGCCGCGGGCUGCCCCGCCCGCCGGUGAAGGUGAGAGUCUCCUCCAGUCACAGGUCCCCGCACCGCACGGAGCAGCUCCCAGCUCGUGCUCGAGGUCCCCUCAGAUUCCAUCGCGAUGGCCCCUCCAUCAUUCUUUGCCCAGGUUCCACAGGCCCCGCCGGUUCUGGUCUUUAAGCUCAUUGCGGACUUCCGGGAUGAUCCCGAUCCCCGCAAGGUUAACCUCGGCGUGGGAGCGUACCGCACAGAUGACUCUCAGCCCUGGGUUUUGCCAGUAGUGAGGAAGGUCGAACAGAAGAUUGCUAACGACCACAGUCUCAACCACGAGUACUUGCCCAUCCUGGGCCUGGCGGAGUUCCGGAGCUGUGCUUCUCAGCUAGUACUUGGGGACAACAGCCCAGCUCUCAGGGAGAAUCGGGUUGGGGGUGUGCAGUCUUUGGGAGGGACCGGUGCACUUCGAAUUGGAGCUGACUUCUUAGGGCGAUGGUACAAUGGCACAGACAACAAGAACACGCCCGUCUACGUAUCAUCGCCGACCUGGGAGAACCAUAAUGGCGUGUUUUCUGCCGCUGGUUUUAAAGACAUUCGGUCCUAUCGCUACUGGGAUGCAGAGAAGAGAGGACUUGAUCUCCAGGGUUUCCUGAAUGAUCUGGAGAAUGCUCCUGAGUUCUCCAUCUUUGUCCUCCACGCCUGUGCACACAACCCAACGGGGACCGACCCAACUGAAGAGGAGUGGAAGCAGAUCGCCGCCGUCAUGAAGAUGAGAGAGUGGGGAAUCUGACCGUGGUCGGAAAAGAGCAUGACAGCGUCCUGCGGGUCCUUUCCCAGAUGGAGAAGAUUGUACGAA